AUGGAGCUUUCCUUGAUAGGUCUUCAAAAUGCUGGAAAAACUUCACUUGUAAAUGUUAUCGUUGUAGGAUUUAAUAUGCGGAAAGUGACUAAAGGAAAUGUGACAAUAAAGUGGUGGGAUCUUGGUGGUCAACCCAGAUUUCGGAGUAUGUGGGAGCGAUGCUGUCGUGCUGUUUCUGCUAUUGUGUAUGUAGGAUUUAAUAUGCGGAAAGUGACUAAAGGAAAUGUGACAAUAAAGUGGUGGGAUCUUGGUGGUCAACCCAGAUUUCGGAGUAUGUGGGAGCGAUGCUGUCGUGCUGUUUCUGCUAUUGUUAUCUCAAAAAGUGAAUUGCAUGACCUGCUGAGCAAACCGGCACUUAAUGGUAUUCCUUUGCUGGUUCUGGGAAACAAGAAUGACAAGCCUCAAGCCCUGUCCAAGCAGGGUUUGACUGAUCAAAUGGAUUUAAAAUCUAUCUCAGAUAGAGAGGUUUGCUGCUAUAUGAUUUCAUGCAAGAACUCAACGAACAUCAACCAGGUCAUUGAUUGGGUAAUUAAGCAUUCUAAAUCGAAGAGUUGA